AGUACUUAUACAUAAAGCAAUAACAAACAUUAGUUAAUAUGGUAGACAAGUAGUUGAUGAGUGAGCAAAACAGUUAAACGUGCCAACAAGAUGGCCGAAAUGAUCGUAGCUCGUGUUACAUUGAAACUAGCAUGGCAGUUAUUUGCACCAAUGACAGCCAACAUGUUAGAACAAGGUGAUGUUUCCGAAGAAAAAAUACGACAGAUGCUUUUAUCAGAGUUUACCAAAAUACAUGAACAUUUAAAUGCGUUAAGAAGGAAAGAGUUAGUCGCAGCAAUAGCAUUUUUAGAAACAGGUUUUGAGGUAUUAAAAAAAGACCAAGCCACAGCCAAAGAAGAAUUCAAAAAAGCACGAGAUGCCGCCCAGAUGGCGUUUGGCGUAGUUCCCGAACCUCACGACAAAGUCCUCGCAACAAAGAUCUUAGUUACAUCCACAAUGCACGAGUUCAACACAAAUUUGGACACUUCAAAAAGUUUAUGCAGUAAAUAUUUGGAAAGAAUGAACACGCUGCCUGAAGUCAUCAGAGCGUGCGAAUUAAUAUUUACCCCGCAGAUAAGUUUAACCAACAAGUUUUUAUCCUAUAGUGGUAAAUCAAAACGGGAGGACAUCUUGCAAGACGUGGCAGAAAUAAACAAAUGCGUAUAUGACUAUUUUACAGAACAGCUAAGAACAGAGAUGACUCCUCCGCCUGUUAUUCGCUUUAAUAGUUAUCAUAUCAAUCCAGUAACAGACAUGAUUUUAAAAAGGAAACCUGUUGUCGUAACAGAGGUGGAAAAACAUUUAUCUGGGUACAUUUCUGUUUCCAUGACAACACAUUACAUUUUUGCAGCGUUGGGUCAACUCUCUGGUUCUAACAUUGUAAACGACAUUAUAGCUAUCCAUAUCAGCACAGGUAACGUCACGCAUCUUCUAGGACACGAGAAAAUCGUUCUUUCUAUUUGCACUAACACAAAACAUCUAUUCUCUGCUUCCUAUGACAAAACCAUUUUAAUUUGGGACAUCGAGACAUUACAACCAGUAAAAACACUGGCGGAACACAAGGGCUCUGUACGUAGUGUUUGCCUUUCGGAAGAGUAUUUGUUUAGUGGUUCCGCUGAUACAACUGUGAAAGUAUGGAGUUUGGAGAAUGACUUUGAAUGCGUGCACACGUUACAAUUACAACAAGCAGUCGUGAAGGUGACAUGCUCAAGAAGAAAAUUCUUAUUCUGCUUAAACGGAAUUAAAAAUAUAGAGAUUUGGAAUGUAAAUAAUUUUACGAAGUUGCAUUCGUUCGAUGCGAAAGAUCAAGCCACCAACAUCAUAGCGAAUGAUAACUACAUGUUCAUACCCACUAAGACAAAAGAAGGAGACUCGAUAGAGUUUUGGAACCUAGGAAGUCUGCAAAUGGUGACAACGAUGAAAGAAUCUGGACAAAAUUUUAUGAAAAGUUACAAUUCUCCAUACUUUUUCUGCGGCAACGAAAAAAUUAAAAUGUUUAGCACUACAUCGCAGAGACUAAUUAUGGAAGAAAGCGUCUUUGUAGGUGGGAAAAUAAAGUACAUGUGGAUGAGAGCAUGUCAGUUAUACAUACUGUAUCAAGACAGUAAUGAGAAACACUACAUAAUUAAGUACUAGACUAUUGUAAUAUUUCUUUCAAUUUAUGUCGUCUGUCGAUUUAAAAAAAACUACACAAUCAUGUGA